UCCCCAGAUUUCAAUCACAGAACUAACAUACCAUAUUCACGUAUAAAUUUUAACUGAUAUAGAUUAAGAGAUCAUUUAAUGUUAGUUUAAACGAAAAUGGGCCGAAGAAGAGCAGGAUAUCACCUUACAAGAAAUUUAUUAUUGACUAUAUUAAUCUGCAUGAUACUGCAGUGUUUAAUAGACAAUGAACAAACAUUUGUGUUGGCGGGCAAAACUGCUACCAGGACUGGAUUGGUAGCAAGUACAUCCAAAGUUGGGGGUUCGUCUAGCGAUUCGACAGAUUUUCAGAAUUCUGGAAGCGUACGUACUACACUCUUUCCAACGGGCAAUAGAAGCGGUUCAUCCCCUGUUGAACGUCUUCGAUAUCAUCUUAUGAAUAAAUACGAUAAAACGUUACCUCCCGUACUGGACUACAGAAAAAGUGUUGAAGUCAAAGUUGACAUGACUUAUCGACAGGUUCUCGAUUUAGAUGAGAAGAACCAAGUUUUAAAAAGUUUAAUCUGGUAUAGACAAUACUGGAGAGAUGAACAUAUUACGUGGAAACCAGAAGACUAUGACGGGGUGGACGAAUUGUGGAUUCCAUCAUCGAGUGUGUGGCGACCCGAUAUUGCCGUGUAUGAAGAAGUUGGAGCACGUGAUCUUUCACCACGACUACCAUUCAUCAAGUUGACAUCAGAGGGAGAUAUAGAGUACGCAGAACCUUCCAUCUUAGAAACGUCAUGUAGUGUGGAUACUGCAUUUUUCCCCUUUGAUUCUCAGCUAUGCAGCAUGACAUUCGUAUCCUGGACACAACCUGUAACACGAAUUGACCUGAGUGCUAAACGAGAUUCGGGACUCAUAGACCUCGAUUCUCCCCUCUAUUUUAUUGAUAGUGGAGAAUGGGUAUUGCAGAAAUUUGGAGUGAGGAAGCAAAUCUCAAUUUACAAUUUAGAUGGACUGUCGAACAUAUCAUCAGAUAAUGAGGUGGUUACCAAACAACAAAACAAUGCAUUUUCCUCAGGGAUAUACAGCCGAAAAAUUGACAUUCCAUCUACAGAAAGAGCAACAGCAUCCUACGUAAAAAGAAAUCUCACAUCGCAAAUGUACUCAGAGAUUCGUUAUUCCAUCAUUAUUAGAAGAAAUUCAUCUUUGUAUAUGCAGAGUAUGCUUUUCCCAAGCAUUCUACUCACAAGUGUUGCCUUGCUGGGUUUUUAUCUUCCCCCAGAUUCAGGAGAAAGAGUUGGACUGCAAAUUACUAUUCUUCUUACUUUUAUGGUAUUCUUGCUCACUGUUGGAGAAAUGUUCCCUGCAUCAACAGGGCCAUACCUUGGAAUAUAUUUUGUGUUGAGCAUGGCACAACUGGGAAUAAACAUAUUCAUGACAGUUGUUGUACUACAUCUUCAUUUUAAACCUUGCCUUCAAAAUAAAUCAUCAUGGAAAACUGACCAUAAAGUUACUUCCUGCAUGAGCAGCGUGGGAAGUACAAGGGAACCUGACAGUGCCAUACCUAUCUCAUUGCGUCGGUUUUUACAAUUUUGUAAUAAAUAUUUUGCAAUUGCUGAUGAUGGUGUUGCAUGGAUGCUUCCAAUAACAAAAUCAAGAACUAGAUUACCAAGUGAUAGAUACCAAAUCAAAAGAGAAGCAGAUGAACGAGCACAAAUACUAAAAAAAGAAAAACAGCAUAACAGGACCAAGGAUAAACAGGAAGAGGAAAUGAACAUUCAGAAAAAUGGAUCACAAGCUAAACGAUAUACAGAAAUUGAAAGCCAAGAGAAACAAUCAACAAAGGGGGGCAACUUGGCAAUGGUGGAUGAAGAUCCACAAUGUAAAGUAAAAAUAUUACAACCAAAAAUAUCUCCACCAAGCGAUUCAAGUAAAAAUGAGGAAAAUGUCUCUCAAAGAGAACAAGAAAAUCCAGAGACUGAUAUAGAAGAGGAAACUGAGGCUUUAGAAAGCAAAAAUAUGGGUAGAAAAGCAGAACUUCAAAGUAUGAUUGACAAUUUUCGACUUGAUGUGCAAGAUAUAGUUCAAGUUAAUUUUGACAAAAAAUUCAAUGAAAAAGACACUGAUGAGAUCUUAGAGGAGAAGAGAGAAAAAGAACAAGAAGAGUGGAAAAGUGUAGCACGAGCUGUUGAUAGGUUAUUUUUCAGACUUUAUCUUUUUAUGAUGUUCUCUAGUCAUGUAAUUUUAGGUGGUAUUGCUCUGCAUGCAAAUUUUACUGGUGAAUGGGAAUUGUGAUUUGUGAAGAAACAAAAUGCGUAAUAAAACCGUAAUCACGAGAGCAUUAUAAAAGUAACAUCAAAACUAAAAUUUACAAAUUUGAGUGGUUGGUAAUAAUUUGAUUUAAUGAUUCUAAUCAAUCAACAAAAGAAAUCAUGAAAGAGAUACAAAAUAUCUCAUUACUGAGUAUGUACAAAUUGACCAUUUAAAACAAAUUGUGAGCAGUAUCAGUAAACAUUAUUUAAAAUGAUUAGAUUAUUGACAAAUUUAACUCUAGUAUUAUAAUAUUUUAAAAUCCAGGGUAAAAAAGAAAAAUGUACAAAUAUUUUCUUGACAAUAGAAUAUUCAAGUUAAGCUCACAGUUAAUGCCUUUUUAAUAGUAUUGACUACAUUUUAUAUACAACUGAAAUUCGUAAGCCAUAUUUAGCCUUUUCAGUCUUGAUUUUUUUGCCUGGAAUAAGGAAGGGAAAGUUAUUUGUUUGCUCAUGCUUUCACUUUUUUUCAAACCCAUCAUGUCUAGUUGAUAUCCUAUCAUGUUACCAAACAAGAUAUUUGGAGAGUUGAGAUAUUGAAUUAGCUAUGUAAUUUUAAUAUUCAUUUAUUUUUUAUUAAAUUUAUUUUAUGCAUUCCAAUGCAUUUUUUUUUUAAAUUUGCAUGCAUUAAUUCAGUGUCUUAUUGAUAAAGUGUUACUUUUUUUUGCAUUUUCUCUUUGCAUUAGUAGUUGCAAAGUAAAAUGCAGUAUAAUUACACAGAGGUAAAACCAUA